AUGGCGGAGGUAAAUUGGUUCUAUGCGCUUGCAACCUUCUCUCAUUCUUUUAACUGAUUCAAUGAGUAUUUUUUGUUUCAGGACAUUGUAAAGCAUUCAGUUCACACCCUUGUGUUUCGUUCUCUGAAGAGAAGUCAUGAUAUGUUUCUUCAUGAUAACGCUCUACCGCUGAAAAGGGAUCAAAAAAGGUAGUGUUUGAAGAUAAGUUACCUUUGGUUCUUACAAGAAUCCUUUGCCUUGGAGUGUAAAUUGCAAAUUUUUUGGUGCUAUUUCAGAAUAGUAAUCUAUUAAUUUCAGUAGAAUAGCUUUAGAAUGGCCUCAGCGCAUCUAGCAUACUAUUCUUUUUGUUUAAAUGUCAAUGUAGUAGGUAUCCAACACCUACUCUUCGCAUAAUUUCUUUGUAAUCUCUGACGAAAUGGAUUGUAGAUCCGAAAAAUAGGAUAAGGUCCUGAAAAUGUCACAUUUUUUUUGGUUCGCAACUUCUCAGCAUUAACCAGUUUUGUGAACAGUAACUGACAGCUUAAUCUGAGUUCCAAAAAUAUUUGGUUCACAACUUAACCCUUGCAAGUGAUAAACGAGGAGUGUGAAAUAUGAAGGGAUAAGUCCUUUCCAAAUUACAAAGAAUUGAACAUACGUAUACAUCUCAUGUCUUUCCUCAGUUGUAGAAUUGGUAAUUUUUAGAAAAUGGUUGUGGUACUAUGAGCACCCUGACUAGACAAAAACCUGUUGUUUAUUGCACCAGUAAACCCAUAGAAAUUUUUUGUUGUUGUUGUAAGUUUACUUUGCAAAAGCAAUAAACUGCACUUUCUACAAGUUAGCUGUUAUAAUAACCCACUUCAGUUGUGGGAAGAACACUUGGAAAGUCUGCAAACUGUGGCUUGUGAUUUACAAACUUUUCUGUUGUUCCCCCAACAUCCCAUGUGAGUUAUUAGGCAAGUAAAUGGGUAGAAAGUAUGGUCUGUAGCUUGAAUAAAUUUUAUUGGGCAGAGUUUUAUCAAACUUUAAUGUUUUUGACAUUGUAAUGUCAUAGUGGGUCAUCUUUCCAACAAAGGAAAAUGAAGUUUAAACUGCUUUGAGACAUUUUGAACACAUCUUACACACAUACUGUAUACAUUUUUUUACAUAGUGAUGAAGUGAAAAGAUUAUGCAAAGUUCGUGAUGAAUAUUUUGUGGUGAAAGACUUGGUUCCUGCUAAAGAAAACACUGCAUCAAACAGAAAUCCAGCAACUGGAGAGUACCCAUCGCAAGAAGGUAAGGGACACUCUUUAAACUAAAGAAGAGUAAAUAUCUUUUGAUUCAAUUCAUACUUGGCCAAAUGUUAUUUUCCUAUCUAUCCCACACAGAUUUGUAUUAAACUUAGAAACAAUGAAGAAUAAAUUUGACCCAAGCAUGGAAUUAAGUUGCAUCAUGUACAUACCUCAUGUUAGAAUUACCAAGUAAAAAUGUUUGUUAUUUGUUCAGGGAGCCAAAUUUUCAUUUCAAGUUUUGAAGUAUUUUCAUUUAGGGGUGAAACUGGAGAACUGAUGCUUUUUUUUUUCUUUUCUUACCAAUACUCACCAUUUUCUCUAACCCUCAUUUACAAGAGAAAUGUCAUCCUAAUGAAGGAGUGUAAAAGCGUCAUUUCCCUGAGGGAAAUGAAAUUGGCUGUUGACUUUCUUUUUUUGUUCUCAGUUUCAGAUGUGCCCCCAUUAAUACAAGGAUCACAUUCUUAUCCAUCAGCACCAGGUAAUCUAUAACAACUUCACAUCCUGUAUAGUUGUUGUGUCACUUAAGCUCGUUACCUUGAAAAGAACUGGAAGGUCAAAUACUUAAAUCUUAGUUUAGAAGAGAUCAAGGGAACAUCUCUUCUAGAUAGAUUAUAUUACUGACAAUUGAAGUGAACUUUUACCUGUAAGGUGCGCAUUUACAGCUGUGUUCCACACGAGUUAGCUGUGGUUACACACUGACAAUGUGUUUCUAUGCCAGCUGUACCCUUAAUACUCCUUUAGUUUAACUUUUUUCAAACUCUUGUCUCCCUUACUUUUGUAUCACGACUUGCUGAGUUUCAGUAAAGAAUAUUUGGCAACAUUAGUUUGGAUAUGUUAUAUUUUCUGAAGCACAUCAAUUAUUUUUCUUUGAAAAUUCAGCAAUGAGGUAUUUUUAAAACUGAUUUUGUUUAUGUUAGGUGUUGCACUGACUGCAGACACUGCAGCAAACAUAAGGUCCCCAUCGCAGGCUGGAGUUCAACAACUCAUGUCAGGUUUGCCACCUUCAGCAGCACAGUGAGUAUUUUGUCGAGAUACUUGUACAAUUGUAAGGAAUUGUUAUCAAUUUUCAUAUUUCCCACUUAAAGUUGCUAUAGUUGCUGUUACUUUUAACAGAUAUGAAAUUUUAUGACUGAGCAGAAGAAUUGUUUGCUUGAAUUGAAGGACUUCUACCUGCAGAUAAUCUUUCAGAAAUUUAUCAUAAACUCAAUUAAAUAACUGAGCUUGAUUGUAUUAUCACUUUUUUAAUUCUGUUUAAACCAUAAUUUUUAUAAAAACUCACAGACUCCAAUCCCAGAAAGAAAGCCCAGGUGUUUUGGCCAUUCAACAGAAGGCUUCAGCCUCAGGUGGAAAGGAGAGACUUGGGCCUUCAUCUAAAGCAUUGGUUUCUGUUGGAGGAAACAAAUCAUCGACAGCAUUAAUUCAGCAAAAGAAAGCGGCAACCUUGCCUAAACCACAGUGGCAUCCACCAUGGAAACUCAUGAGGGUAACAACUUUGCCUUUUCAUUUUAUUUGUGAAUUGAUGGCUUUAAAAAAAGGAAAAUACAUUUUUUACUGAAAAAUUAAAAGUUAGUCAAUCAACCAAAGAUGUAUGUACUUUUUCUUUAACAUAUUUUAAUUUUUUAUUUGUGUUUGCACUUGAUGCAUGUGUAUUAUGGGCUCACCAAUUUCUAAAAUACUCAAUAUCACUGAUGUAAUUAUAUUGGAUGAUAAUUGCAAGUAAGAUGAGAAUGAGCUCCUGUCAAUAAUUUUUGAAAAUGCCUUUGACUUUUGGUGACUUGUGUUAUGAGAAAUUAUUGUAAAUAUAAUCUUCUAGAAAUUUCCAGACUGCUGAGUCAUGCUGACUUACAUAUCAGAGAACUUUCCAGGACAUUUCAUCAAGUCAUGUAUUUAUUAUGUAAUAUUACCAGAAUAGUUCUUGUGUAAGCUUCUGGAAUGUUCCAGAACACUUUGUGAAUGUAUAUAAAGACUCGCUUAUGUAGUAAGAGAAGUAGUUAUCAUCAGAGCAAAAACUGUUUUGAAAGCUAUACUAAGAGAGAGUUAUUGCAGAAGACUGUGGAUAUAGACUGUGCUGGACGUAAUUAAGUUUAUUAACGAUAAGUAUCAUAUUAUGUUUAGGAGUGGCUCCUUGUUAAGAACAUUACUCGCUGUUUAAUAAAGUAGUUGAGUUUGUGGGACUGUAGUGUUUUUCUGUUGGUUAGAUUACACCAUAACUCUUGUUGCAGGUAAUCAGUGGCCAUACUGGUUGGGUAAGAUCAGUUGCUGUAGAGCCUGGUAACCAGUGGUUUGCUACAGGAUCUGCUGACAGGACAAUCAAGGUACAGCAAGAACAUAUUUCAAGUCUAACUCAUCUUCCAAUCUUUAGCCUCUGAACAUAAGAUCUGCUGGUGACAGAUAAAGAUUAACUGUCUUUUUUGGCCUUGUUUAAAGAGGCACACAUCUUGUCGCUGGGGUUACUUCUUGAUCUAAGUUGUUGUCCACCCUCCCUUCAACUUAAGUUCCUAAACAGCUGUCCAUGCAAAUUCUACAUAAAACCAGAAACUUGUUCCAAAAAGAAAAUUUUAUGUAAAACAAGAAUUUGAAUAUAACAGUAACAGGAUAGCUGUAUUUGAAAAGGAAUACUGAAAUUCAAAAUUACUUAUGUUAUGAAAUGACCCUAAAUGGACAACUUUGUCAUAGAAAAAAACAUGAAAUGUUUGUUGUUGCAAAAAGUCCUUCAACAUAGGACAACAACACCAUUAAAGAUUUGUCUCUUUAGAGGCAACCUGGUUUUUUGGUUAGAGGCAACCUAGCCUGUUCAUCCACUGACAUAUAUCUGGCUGGUUUUUGGUUUAUCAAAGUAGGCUUGUCUCAAUUUUUACCAAGUUACUUGAGAUAUGAAGCUGUGAGCCAGGGCCUAGAUGUUUAAGCUGCUUCGUGUGCUUUGCUUUUAUCUCUUGCUGUGGAAUGAUGUAAGAUUUGUGGCAAUUUAUUUACAAGAAUGCCAUCUGUCAUGACAUCAUCUUUGAGUACAACUUAUGAUUUAUUGUAUUCAGAUAUGGGAGCUUGGAAGUGGCAAACUUAAGUUAUCCCUAACUGGCCAUAUAAGUACUGUUAGGGGUUUGGCUGUGAGUCCAAGACAACCAUAUCUGUUUUCAUGUGGAGAGGACAAACAAGUCAAAUGCUGGGACUUGGAGUACAACAAGGUACUUUUACAUUUCUUGAGUAAAAUGACUCAUUAUGCUUACUUGUCAAUCACUCUAUCAAUUUGUUUUAAUCAAAACUUGUUCUUGUCGUAAAUGUUUUGCAGGUUGUGCGCCACUACCAUGGUCACCUGAGUGCUAUUUACUCACUGGAUCUCCAUCCUACAAUUGAUGUGUUGUUCACUUGUGGUAGAGAUGCAACAACCAGGGUGAAUUUUCUACCCUUAGUUGUUAUUAACAUUACUAUCAGAACCAGUAACCAUCUGGCCUCUGUAUCAAAGUAUAUCAAAUACACUGGUGCGCCUUUUCUGAAAGGCUUCUGGAGCACUAUCAUUAAAAUUUGGGGCCAGUUUAUCAUUAUCAUGUGAAGGAUAUGAUGAUUAUAAUGACAAUGAUGGUAACAAUGAUGAGUAUAACAAGAAACAUGAUGUUGUAUUUGUAGAACUGGCAGCAGGCAAAAUUAAGAAGCUACUUUUUUGGUUUGUACCAGCUACCACAACUGCUUUCGCGCAGGAGAAAGCUUCUCAUUCAGUUGACUUUCUCUGUUUUCUACUUUAGGGUGUCUUGAGAAUCAAUUGAAUGCAACAAAAUCAUAGUGAUACCCUUAGUAUCAUUUUCAAACUUUCAGUGAGUACUCUGUUGUAAGAAAUUUAAAUGUUGUAUAAAGUAUAGUGAUUAACCUUUCAGAUUGACUCAAGACAUUGAUUAUUGUUUUCAGGUUUGGGACAUGAGAACCAAAGCCUGCAUACACACUCUGACAGGUCAUACAAGUACAGUAGCAGUUGUUAAAGCUCAGGCUGCAGAGCCUCAGGUUAGUAAAAUGCUUGAUCCAACUAUAACAUGGCUGGCUCCACUUUGAAAAGUUAUCCUCAGACAAGUACCUGUUAAUUUAACCUAGGAUGAUUAUUCAAUACCAUCAGGUAGAAAUGCAUGAUACUUUUUCCCUACAUAAUUGAUAGCCAUACAUUGAGACACAUUCAGAUGCGUUUCGGCAUUAAUUUAUUGUUUCAGCUUAAAUAAUUAUCUCUUACUUAAAUGGAAAAUGUAAUGCAAAUCAGUAUUUCAGUGAUCCAGUUUUUUCUUGUUGUUGUUUAUCUCUGCAUUCCUUGGCCGCCUUGAACUCUAAUUCAGGCUAAUGGCGUACUAUAAAUUUUGUUAUCAAAGUUUCAAUCUAUGUAACCUAAAACACAAGGGCAUAUUUGAACAAUUAUCCUCAGAAAUGUUCUCUGGGAAGUUUUUUCAGCAUCUGGAGCUGUCAAUGAAAUUAUUUCAGCAUUAAACAAUACUAGUGAAGUGAGGAUCAGAAGAUGUUUUAUACAAAGAUUUUAGUAACCAGAGAUCAUGUUUUUCUUUUGGUUAGGUUGUUACAGGAAGCCAUGACUGUACCAUUCGUCUGUGGGACUUGGCAGCUGGCAAGUCUAAAGUCACCCUUACUAAUCACAAGAAAAGUGUCAGAUCUGUAGUGUUACAUCCAACACAGUAAGUAGCCAGUACACAAUCAGAUACAUAUGAAUGCAAAACCUAGAAUCAUUGUGUUUUCCUGUCACCAGACUGGUUUAUCAGUUAGUUGUUCUGUAAAAUGUCAGUCAGCUAGUCAAUUAGUCACUCAGUCAGUCUUUCUGGGUAUGUCUGUCUAUCUGUCUGCUUGUCAGCAUAUCCUUCCAUUUCUCAGUCUACUGAUUGAUUUUUUGGUGGCAUGAUCUAUGCAAGAGUUAGAUAUUCAGUCAGUCAAUACCUGAUGAUGUUUUCCCCUAAUUUUAAAUCCUUGUUUUUUACACCCAUGUAGUACUGGUAACGUGCCUCCCCUUCCUUGAUCAGAAUAUCAUUUAAGGUGAUUCCUCACUACUGCACUGUGCAUCUUGUACUGUGAAAAAAAAAUAUCACAAAAUGAAAUAAAUGUGCAUACAUUCCAAGAACAUGGUAUUGUUUUUCAAUAAAUUAACCAGGUAAAGAUGUAGGAUGGUCUUCAGCUCUUGAACAAGCAUGGUGACCUAUAUUUUUAUUCCAUAAUAUUGGUAUACAAAUUAUCCCCUAUAAAUUGGAUGAAUUUUAAAAAAUUCAUUAAAGGGAAAAAAAGAUGAAGCUGAAAGUUUGUUCAAAGCCUGGUACUCCAUGAUGCAAAUUAUGACCUUGAAAGUAAUGACUCAAUGAAUGUUUUAAGUCAAUGUAGUUUAAAAUUAGGUGAAUUUUCCACAAAUAAUGUAUCAAAUUGUUCCAUAUGCUCUAAAAUAUCUACCUAUUAAGUUUUUUUAAAAUGUUAGCCAAAAAACCCUUGCUUCCAGCUACCUCAAAAUGAACCACAAACCAAUGAAAUGACACACACGAUAAGUAUCAGAGCAGGCCUAAAUGGGGUAAGCUACCUCAAAAUGAACCAUAAACCAAUAAAAUGAUAUACAUGAUUAGUAUCAGAACAGGCCUAAAUGGGGUAAGUUCGGCCAUGUUCAUCUCUUAAACAAGCACUGUGACCUACCUUUUUAAUGGCAUCUUUCUAAACAGAAACUGCUAGGGAACAUUUAAGAAAAGUUCAAAAAAAUUGUUCUAUAACUUUCUUUUCUGAGGAAUCACUUUAAAAAGAGUUCAUCUAUCUCAUCAAGAAAUUAAGCAAGUUCCAGUCAAUCAAAUCAGGGACAUGUUCAUGACCCCAGUCCCCACCUGGCAUGAAGAACUUAGAGUUAGCUUCAAAAGUGAACCUGCUUUAUGGCUUCAAAAGGGUUGUCUCAAAUAUAAUCACAUCUGAAUAACUUUGAAUAACUAGCUGUGGGGUGCCGUGAAAGGACUCUUUAAAAUGAGAUUUGUGUUUGUUUUCUUGUAAGGUUUUCAUUUGCUUCAGCUUCUCCUGACAACAUCAAACAGUGGAAGUUCCCAGAUGGGAAUUUCCUUCAGAAUCUGAUUGGACACAACUCUAUAGUGAAUUGCAUGGCAGUUAACCCUGAUGGCGUCUUGGUUUCAGGAGGUAAAGUUGAGGUUGCAAAAGCUUUAUAACUGCAAGUGUUCCACAAAGAAAUGGCACUCAUUGGAAUUAUUUAUCACAUUUGUGAGGAAUAUUUUAAACAAUCUUUGACAUGGAGUCAAGGGGAUCAAAGACAACAUAGACAUGACCAAUUCUUCAACCAGUGACACAUCUCUGUAUAAUGAACUGAGAGAUAACUUGUGUUCUUAUAUGUUGAUGGCUAAGAGCAGAUAAUUUUUGUGCUUUAUCAGGUGAUAAUGGAACGAUGCAUUUCUGGGAUUGGCGUACAGGUUAUAAUUUCCAGCGAUUACAGGCAGCUGUGCAACCUGGCUCUCUGGAUAGUGAGGCUGGUAUCUUUGCAAUGACCUUUGACUUGAGUAGCAGUCGACUCAUCACAUGUGAAGCUGAUAAAACAGUCAAGAUCUACAAAGAAGAUGACACAGCUGUAAGUAUCACUACCUUUAUUCUAAGUGAAAUAAUUGCCUGAAAUGGGGUCUCUAUUUAGACACAAUCCUUCACUUUUGCCUUACUUUGCUACUUGAAAAGCUUAAAGGUUAAUGUGCUGGAUACAUGUAUUGUGACAUAAUUAUUGUUUGUUUUUGUUUCAGAGUGAAGAAACUCAUCCUGUGAGUUGGAAACCUGAGAUAUUGAAAAGGAAACGAUACUAGACAACUGCACUCUCCAUUUUGAAAAAUAGAGAACUCUAGAUAUCAUAGCCCCUGUACCUUCAAAACUUAAAGUCUACUUUACUUUUGUCAAUAGUGGGAAGCUGCAAAGUUUGAAACUGUACCACUCAAGGCCACUGUCGUAAUGUUAAUAAAAAUACUUUUUCUG